GCUUCCGAGCGCAGAGGAGCCUCGCGAUGCGCGCUGGUCUGGGGUCGCUAACCCCAGCUGCGACCUUGUCGGAAAUGGAAUCUGUUUCAUCAGGCUACUGUAAUAAAGACCAUGACCAUGAGGAAGAAAGCUUACUUGCAAAUGUUGCUUCAUUAAGACAUGAACUGAAAGUAACAGAAUGGAGUUUGCAGAAUUUAGGGGAAGAGUUAUCCAGUGUUAGUCCAAGUGAAAAUUCUGAUUAUGUCUGCAAUCCUUCAAGAUGUGAAAGGAUUAUUUUGGAAGAACUUGCUCAACCUAGCCGCCUGGGACAUUUGAAUUACCCACCUUAUAAAAAAGUUUGCAAGACAUCGGGUAGUAUUGAUUUUCAAAAGAAACCAAGAGAUAAGGUGUCUUUUUCAUCUGCUUCUGUGGAUGAAGAGAUUAAAAGCCUUCGAGAGAAGCUUAAUCAACUUAGGCAACAGAAUGCUUAUUUGGUCACACAGAACCAUUCUUUAAUGACUAAGAUAGAAUCUAUCCACUUUGAAUUGACACAAUAUAAAGCAAAAAUGUCUUUGCUUGAGUCUGCCCAAGAGCAGGUAGCCAACAUCCCAAUCUUAGAAGAACAGAUUCUAAAUUUGGAAGCGGAAGUUUCAGCUCAAGAUAAAGUUUUGAGAGAAGCGGAAGAUAAAUUAGAGCAGAGUCAGAAAAUGGUGAUUGAAAAGGAACACAGUCUGCAGAAGGCCAAGGAGGAAUGUAUAAAAUUGAAGGUGGACUUACUUGAACAAAGCAGACAAGGAAAGAGAGCGGAGCAGCAGAGGAAUGAAGCACUGUGUAACGCAGAAGAGCUGAGCAGAGCUUUCCAGCAGUAUAAAGAGAAAGUGGCUGAGAAGCUGGAAAAGGUUCAAGCUGAAGAAGAAAUACUGGAGAAAAAUCUUAGUGACUGUGAACAGGAAAACAAAAGGCUUCAAGAAAAGUGUAAUCUGUAUAAAAGUGAAUUUGAAAGUUUAAAAGAGAAAUACAGGCAGUUAAAAGAAGAGCACAGCAGUGGAAAAGAAAAAUUAAGGAUUAUGGCAAUGAAAAAUUCAGAAGUCAUGGCACAGUUAACUGAAUCUAGACAAUGUAUUCUAAAGCUAGAGAGUGAGUUAGAAGACAAAAAUGAAAUAUUACGAGAAAAGUUGUCUUUAGUAAAUGAAAACCAAGAAUUGAAGUUAAAAAGAGAAAUAGUUGGCUUUAAGUCAUCUCUUUCCAAGAACCAGAUGAAUAGUUUUUCUAAAAGGGACAGUUGCAUUGGCUGCUGUGAGGCAAAUAAGUUGAUGAUUUCUGAAUUGAGGAUUAAGCUUGCAAUAAAAGAGGCUGAAAUUCAAAAGCUUCAUGCAAACCUGACUGUAACUCAGUUGUCUCAAAAUGCUGUUGCUAAUGAUAGCCAAGAAGGUGUCAAAAUACAUACUUUAGAAACAGAACCUGUAAAACUAGGUGGUAGUCAAGUAGAGAGUGUGAAAGAUCGAAAUCAGCAUUCUGUGAACAAGCAGUAUGAAAGAGAGAAGGCGCGGCUUGCUGUGGGAAUAGAAGAGCUACGUUCCAAGCUGUUACAGAUAGAAGCCGAGAAUUCCGAUUUGAAGGUCAACAUGGCACACAGAACUAGUCAGUUUCAGCUGAUUCAAGAGGAGCUGCUAGAGAAAGCUUCAAAUGCUAGCAAACUAGAAAAUGAAAUGACAAAGAAAUGUUCUCAACUUUUGACUCUAGAGAAACAGCUGGAAGAAAAAAUUACUGCAUAUUCUUCUGUUGCUGCAAAAAAUGCAGAACUUGAGCAGGAGCUCCUGGAGAAGAAUGAAAAAAUAAGAAGUCUAGAAUCCAAUAUCAAUACAGAACAUGAGAAAAUUUGUUUUGCUUUUGAAAAAGCAAAGAAAAUCCACCUUGAACAGCAUAAUGAAAUGGAAAAACAGAUUGAACAACUUGAAACUCAACUGGAGAAAAGAGAGCAGCAAUUUAAAGAACAGGAAAAGACUAUGUCCAUUUUGCAGCAAGAUAUACUAUGUAAACAACAUCACCUUGAAUCACUAGAUAGACUCCUGACAGAAAGUAAAGUGGAAAUGGAAAAAGAAAAUAUGAAGAAAGAUGAAGCUUUGAAAGCACUGCAGGUUCAAGUCUCUGAAGAAACAAUCAAGGUCAGACAACUGGAUUCAGCAUUGGAAAUCUGUAAGGAAGAACUGGCUUUGCAUUUGAAUCAGUUGGAAGGAAAUAAGGAAAAAUUUGAAAAACAGCUGAAGAAGAAAUCAGAAGAGGUAUAUUGUUUGCAGAAAGAGCUAAAGAUAAAGAGUCACAGUCUUCAAGAGACUAGUGAGCAGAAUGCUGUUCUACAGCUUACUCUUCAGCAGCAGCAGCACAUGCUACAGCAAGAGACAGUUCGAAAUGCAGAGCUUGAAGACUAUCAGACUAAGCUUGAAAAACAGGUAUCAAAGCAGGAACAAGAGCUUCAGAAACAAAAGGAAAGUUCAGCAGAAAAGCUGAGAAAAAUGGAAGAGCAAUAUCAAGCAGCCAUACGUGAUGCAGAUUCGAAAAGACAAAAGAUCAUCGAGCUAACUGGUGCUGCCAGGCAAACCAAACUUGAGAUGGAUCAUUACAAAGAGGAGUUGUCUAAAACGGAGAAAGAAAUAAUGCAUCUGAAACGAGAUGGGGAAAACAAAUCCAUACAUCUGUCCCAGUUAGAUAUGAUUUUAGAUCAGACAAAGACAGAUCUAGAAAAGAAAACCAAUGCAGUGAAGGAGUUAGAAAGGCUACAACAGCACACUGAAGCUGAACUAACAGAAACUACGCAGAAGCGGGAAGCUCUUGAGACUGAGCUACAGAAUGCUCACGGAGAAUUGAAAAGCACCUUAAGACAGCUGCAGGAACUGAGAGAUGUACUGCAGAAGGCUCAGGCAUCACUAGAGGAGAAAUACACCACAAUAAAGGCUCUCACUGCCGAGCUCAGAGAAUGUAAGAUGGAGAUUGAAGACAAAAAACAAGAACUCAUUGAAAUGGAUCAGGCGCUUAAGGAGAGAAAUUGGGAGCUAAAGCAAAGAGCAGCUCAGGUUACACAUUUGGAUAUGACCAUUCGUGAGCACAGAGGAGAAAUGGAACAAAAAAUAAUAAAAUUAGAGGGUACUCUGGAGAAAUCAGAAUUAGAACUUAAAGAAUGCAACAAACAGAUAGAAAGUCUAAAUGAAAAGUUGCAGAAUGCCAAAGAACAGCUUCGAGAAAAGGAGUUUAUAAUGCUCCAAAAUGAACAGGAGAUAAGUCAACUGAAAAAGGAAACUGAAAGAACACAACAGAGAAUGAAAGAAAUGGAAAGUGUUAUGAAAGAACAGGAAGAGUACAUUGCUACCCAGUACAAGGAAGGCAUUGAUUUGGGGCAAGAGUUGAGGCUAGCCCAAGAGCGAACACAGAAAUCUCAUUCAGAACUGGUAGAGGCUCGUCGCCAAGAAGUUCAAGCACAGAGGGAGAUAGAAAGGCUCUCUAGUGAACUGGAGGAUAUAAAGCAACUCUCUAAAGAAAAGGAAGCUCAUGGGAAUCGUUUGGCUGAAGAGCUAGCAGCUUCUCAAGUACGUGAAGCACAUUUAGAAGCAAGAAUGCAAGCAGAAAUAAAGAAAUUAUCCUCAGAAGUAGAAUCUCUCAAGGAAGCUUAUCACAUGGAGAUGGUUUCACAUCAAGAGAACCAUGCAAAGUGGAAGGUUUCUGCUGACUCUCAAAAGACUUCUGUUCAACAACUAAAUGAACAACUAGAGAAAGCAAAACUAGAAUUAGAAGAAGCUCAGGACACUGUAAGCAAUUUGCAUCAACAAGUUCAAGACAGGAAUGAAGUCAUUGAAGCUGCAAAUGAAGCAUUACUUAUUAAAGAAUCAGAAUUAACCAGAUUGCAAGCCAAAAUUUCUGGACACGAAAAGCCAGGAGACACCAAGUUUCUACCAUCUUCAUUUACAGCUCUAACAGAAAUGAUGCCUGAUAUUCAGGAUCCUAAGUUUGGCAAACAUUCUCAGAUAUCCUUUUUCAAGUGCAGAAAACUACGUCGCUCUAUUAGUGCCAGCGACCUAAGUCUAAAAAGUCGUGGUAAUGAAGAUCUCUCUGAAGAACUGCUGCAGGACUUAAAGAAAAUGCAGUUAGAACAGCCGUUGGCAUUAGAAGGUAGUCAUAAAGCCCUGGGUUUCGCCCAUUCAGACUCAUUCAAACCUGUUCCAUAUGCCCUGGAAGACGAUAGGUCUGACAGUAAUGACUUCAGUACUCUCAGCGGAAUGCUAAGAUACAUAAACAAAGAAGUGAGGCUGUUGAAGAAGUCUUCUCUGCAAACAGUUGCUGGUCUAACUCAGGGAGGAAAAUUAUAAUUAAAAGAAGAUGUCUGUGUCAUGAAAAUGGAAUUGUUGGUACUGUGGUGUUUAUUAUAUGUAUGUAGUACAUAUUUCAUAGAAGCUGUUAUUAUUUUGAAUAAAUUUUUUAUAUUUUAAUAUUCUAAAGGAACCCUUCUAAAAUAUAAUUAUA